AUGUUUCUUCAGAAGUUCGUCCGAGAAAGCUUCUUCGGUAGAAUCAUUUACCAUCUUUCCGGUAGAGCUGUCUUUAAUUAUGCUGAAGAGAAACCAGACUAUGAAAUCCCUGCCAAGUACCUUAAGGGCUCAGAAUUUUUAAUUGACGCCUGUCUUGAGGAGACUUCUGAUCCGUCAGACAAAAGUGCUUCGGUCCCUUCGGUGCAAAAACCUGGUAUAAUUAUUGUGAAUUGGGAUAGUGAUGAUGAUCCAGAGAAUCCAUACAAUUGGCCUUUUUUAUAUAAGGCAAUCUUCAUUGCGCAAAUUAUGAUCCUCACUGCGUUCGUCUACAUGGCAUCAGCCAUCUAUACUCCUGGAAUUGAAAAGAUUAAAGAAGAAAUGGGUGUCAGCCAAGUGGUGGCUACGCUUCCUUUGACAUUAUUUGUCUUCGGAUAUGGUGUCGGCCCAAUGGUGUUCUCACCACUAUCAGAGAACGCAAAAUAUGGUAGGACUUCCAUUUACAUUGUGACAUUGUUCAUAUUCUUUAUUCUUCAAAUUCCUACAGCGCUAGUGAACAACAUGGCUGGAUUAUGCGUUUUGAGGUUUAUCGCAGGCUUCUUUGCUAGCCCUUGUUUAGCCACUGGUGGUGCCUCAAUUGCUGAUGUCGUCAGCCUAGAUUACAUCCCAGUGGGAAUCUCGUUCUGGUCAAUUUCAUCCAUCUGUGCUCCUUCAGCAGGCCCAAUGUUUGGUGCUAUUUUGACUGUUAAGGCUAACUAUCAUUGGACCUUUUGGUUCAUAUGCAUCACCUCCGGUGUAUCGUUUCUUAUUCUUGGGUGGAUGCUUCCUGAAUCGUACUCCAAGACGAUUCUAUACAGAAAAGCAGAGAGGCUCAGAGCCAUUACAGGCAAUAGCAAUAUUAUGAGUGAAGGACAUCUAGAAAAUGCUCUGCUUACGACAAAAGAAAUGCUCGUUGAGACGCUUUGGCGCCCCAUUGAGGUUAUUAUCUUUGAGCCAGUGGUACUACUCAUUAACAUAUACAUCGGCUUAGUAUAUUCGGUUAUGUACCUCUGGUUUGAAGCUUUUCCAAUCGUAUUCUACGAGGUGAAAGGCUUCACGCUCAUUGAAAUGGGAGUAUCUUACAUGUGCAUUUUGGUUGGUGUCUUGAUUGCGGCUGCAAUCUACGUCCCUCUUAUUUAUCGGCAGUUCACCAAAAGGAAACUUAGAAACGAAGAGGUACACCCGGAAGUAUUCAUUCCUAUCGCCAUUUUCGGUAGCUUCCUCAUGCCGAUCGGUAUCUUUAUCUUUGGAUGGACAGCAGCCGAAGAUCUUCACUGGAUUGGGCCAUUAAUCGGAGCAGCCAUAUUUGCGGCAAGUGCCUUCUUGAUCUUUCAGACUUUGUUUAAUUAUCUCAGCAUGUCUUUCUGGAGAUACUUGGCUUCAGUCUUUGCAGGCAACGACUUGUUCAGGAGUUUGAUGGCAGGGGCCUUUCCAUUAUUUGGAAGGCCAUUAUACCUCAACUUGAAAACUAACAGAUUUAGCAUCGGUUGGGGCUCUUCAGUUUUGGGUUUUAUUUCUAUCGCCAUGAUCGCAAUUCCCGUCUUGUUCUAUCUCAAUGGGCCUAAACUAAGAGCCAGAUCGAAGUACGCUGGUGCCGGCUGA